AUGCUGCAAAUCAUCUCCUUUGGGCUGGCAAACAGCAAGCAUGCCAUGGGCUCUGGUCAGCUGCUGGGCUCGCCGAUGUCGGAGUAUCUAGACACCCAGAAGUCAGACACCAUCAACAUUGAUGCUCCUGAGAAGGAUGGUGAGCAUGUUCAUGUGCUUCAUAGGAAGAGGAAGCGGGCAGGCUUCAUGGAGGAGGAGCUGAGCGUCUUCAACAGCAUGACUGAGGCAGUGAAGGAGGUGGCCACCGCCAUCAGGGAGAGCAAGAGUGUGGACGUCCACCCUAAACUCUACAACGCCGUCAUGGAUCAGAUUGGCUUCAGCCCAGAGGCUCUCAUGGUGGCUCUCAACCACCUACUGGACAACAAAUCUCGGGGUGUUGGGUUUGUUGCCACGGAUUGA